CACUGCUUCGCGACGAGAUAUUUAUGGUCACUAGCGGCACCGGACCGCGCCGUGCCAAGGUUCCGAAAAGACUCAAAGGAGAUAUUUCCGAGCUGUGCGCGAGUUCGGGGUGAAAAUUUAUAUCUCGUGCGAAUUUUUUUUUUUUUCAUUCGUUUCUGUGCGCCCGCCAUCGUUCGUAAUGCUUCAAUUUUCCCGCACACACACGCGGCAGCAGCGCGCCCGCCGGCCAGCCAAUAGGGGCGCCCAGUUCCGGUCACGUGGUGCGGUCUGCUUACCAAUUUCCGCGUAGGGGAGGCGAAAACAAAACGGAGGAAAAUUAUAAAAAAAGAGGGGCGGAUGCAAGGAGCACUUCUACUGGUGGAGUCGCCUCAGGUCGCCCAGUGGUCGCCGGCGCAGCGCCGCCAUCUGCAGCGGCAGCCGCACUUCGGAGGGCCGUCCCCGACGCUCAGCUAGUAAGUACGACUGCAACGCUUUCAAGAGGAGGAAAAAAGUCGCCGACUCCGCCGCCCGCCCGCGCGCGCCGCCCGACGACAGUGCGCGGCUAGUGCGGGGACCUGGUGGCCGGACAGCAUGGCCGGCGUGAGGCCCGUGUGAGCCCCGGGGACCCAGUGCCGCGGUGUCCCGGGGGACCGCCCCUCGCCAAGGUGUAUAGCGAGAGAGCCAGCCUGUUCGGGGCGCCGGAAGACAAGCCUCCGGGGUCCCCGGAGGAGUUCGGGCGGAGUGCUAUGAGUUCGUACUUCGCCAACUCGUACAUCCCGGACCUGCGCAAUGGCGGCGUGGUGCCGGCCGACCACCCGCACCAGCACCAGCACUACGCGGCGCCGGGGGCGGCGGCGCCCGACGCCAUCAGCUCGUGCGCCGCCCCCGACCUGCGCCAGGGCGGCGGCAUCCCGCCGCACCACUACGGCGGGCCGGGCCAGCCGCCGCAGGGCAUGCCCUACCCGCGCUUCCCGCCCUACGACCGCAUGGACAUUCGCAACGCCGCCUACUACCAGCAGGGCGGCGGCGGCGUGAUGGCGGAGGGCGCCGGCUACCGCCCCGGCUCGCCCGGCGGCGGCAUGGGGCACAUGGUGGGCGGCGGGCCCGCCCAGCCCAACGGCCACCAGACGCCCGUGGUGUACUCCAGCUGCAAGCUGGAGGCGGCGGCCAUGUCGGGCGGCGGGCCGGGCCUCGGCACGGGCAGUCCGCCGCUGGAGGCGGGCCAGCCGCCGCUGAGCAACCACAACCACAGCCACCAGAACCACCACCACCACCCGCAGCACCACAUGGUGAACCACCAGCCGCCCCCGGGGCCGCAGCCGCCGCCGCAGGCUCAGCACCACCAGAACCACCAGAACCACAUGAUGUACAACCAGGCGUCGUGCGAGCAGGCGGCGGCGCACCACCAGGGCGUGGUGCCAGCGCACCAGCAGGCGCCGCCCCCGCAGCAGCCGCCCCCGCAGCAGCCGCCCCCGCAGACCAACCCCGCCGCCAGCCUGCCCAGCCCGCUCUACCCCUGGAUGAGGAGCCAGUUCGAGCGGAAGCGCGGCCGCCAGACCUACACGCGCUACCAGACGCUGGAGCUGGAGAAGGAGUUCCACUUCAACAGGUACCUGACGAGGCGGCGGCGCAUCGAGAUCGCGCACGCGCUCUGCCUCACCGAGCGCCAGAUCAAGAUCUGGUUCCAGAACCGCCGCAUGAAGUGGAAGAAGGAGAACAAGUCCAAGCCCGAGUCGGGCGCGAACAGCGAGGGGAACGCCGGCUCGGACAUCACGCCGCAGACGUCGCCGCAGUAGCCCGCCCGAGCUGCCGAACACGGCCCGAGCGAGCCCGAGCGAGCCCGAGCGCGCCCGAAUACUCGUGAACACGGCCCGAGCGCGCCCGAGUACUCGUGAACAUGCGCCGCGUGCGAACAGAGCCCCGCUUUUUAUCCAAACGAAAAAAAAAAACCUUCUGUUUUCAUAAAAGAGCAAAUAUGCGUAAACGUUUAUCACGUAAAUAAAAAAAAACAAUAUAGCAGAGAAGACAUUAUUGUGCAACCAAAAAUAUGCUAUAUGAAUAUUGCCCACUAUGAAAUUAUUCGAUUUUUAUUGUACAUUGUAACAUAUGUUCGUUUUUUUUAACAGGUGUGAUAACGAUAUAUAUAUUUAUAUUUAAGUCCUUUAUUUUGUCCCGUAGAUGCUAUGAACUAACUUGGGUUUGCAUCACAGACACAUAUUAUUUUUAUUUUUUCAUGUGUUUAAAUUAUACUCAUAUUAUUUUGUCGAAAUUCGGAAAAUAAAUCGCAUUAAAUAUUUUGUGUGCACACUAGUUUUUUGUUUUUGUUACUUUGGCUUUUGUCUAUUUUUAUUUUACCUUAUUCCUUGUUUGUGAAAUCAAUAUAAAUCAAUUUCAUUUUAAUUCAUUAUUAAUUAUUUUUCUUUUUUUAAUUUCAAAGAAAUUUUUGCACGUUACUAAGUUGGUUUGAUUUAUUUAAUGUAUGUUGUCAUUUCUGAAGUAAACAGUGCAAUUGGCUGCGUUUUAUAGCCAUUCAAUUAAAAAGAACCAAGUAUGCAUUAACAAGGCAAUGAAUUAUAAAACGAUUUACUUUCAAUGAAUUAAUUUGGUCAACGAACGUUAUCAUGCCCACGAAGCAAAGAUCGCGACAAAAUGUUUGUUUCAUUUUGAUUCAUCCGCGCAGUAAGAUCAUUUGCAUACCAGUUAAUUUUUAACACGUUCUCAUUUUUUAGAUAGUUAUUCUUUUGUUAGUUAACUUCAGUUCGCAAAUGAAGCUGUGGAAACAUCAAAAGUCACUUAUUAGAGUGUGUAGACUGCAUGUACAAGUGCGGGCUUCCUUCGUGUGCGGUCACAAAAAAAAUUCUCUUCAACUCUGACUUCAUGCAGGAUUCAUCUGGACCCAUCGCAUCUCAAGGUCAGUUAUGCUCCCAAAAUUUUACUACGUUGUAUUUCAAAUAAAAAGCAUUUGUCAUGGGAACAGUAACAAAAAAAUGACAGAUUGAACUCAACACGGACGAUAGAUGUUAACCAUAUAAUAUAUAUAUUUUUUAAAUCUAGGAGGAGGACUCAUUCGAUCCGUCGUUUAAUGAAUAAACCCCGUCUGAUUUGACAAGGCGGUAUUCGCCAAAAUCACAAUCUCUUGAAUUCCCGGGACAGUGGGAUUGACAAUAGUGUCUAAAAAUAACCACUGAAUAAGCCCAAAAAAAUAACUUGUAGUGCCUACUUUCUUCUUGCAAUAUUUUUUUUUGUUUAUCAUUGCUUAAUGUGUGCUAACAGCUCACCGAAAUAUUGAAAUAAAUUCGUCAUACAUUUCUGUCAUAUAGUGAAAACGAAUAUGUGUACCGUUAUUCUUAAAUACCUGAGUCACAUAAAAUAAUAAACAGUUCCAAUUAAGUUUGAGUUAAAAAAAUUUUUAUUGACACGGAAUGCGUGCUUUUACAUAAAGGCAUCUUAGUCUUACUUCUGGCAAACACAGACAUUUGGCCUUCAGAGGAACGCUUCCGAAAGAGGCGUGUUUAACACAUUGCAUCAGAGAUUUGAAUGCUAUUUUAAAAUUUCCCUUUCUAUACGUCACUUUGAAAAUGUCCCCAAAAAAUAGCUGUAAAAAUAUUUUGGACAGAUAAAAAAAAUGCACGAAACUAUAGUGCUUACGUUGCAUUCUUCCUUGAUAAUGCAAGUGUAGGGCAUUUAUGUUUAGGAUAUCUAAGGGCAGGAAAUUGUUAUUUUCAAAAAUGUAAUAUAACUGCAGCAAAUAAAUUUGUUGACCCCCACUAAAUAGAGGUCAGGAGUUUUUUUAUUAUUAAGAAACACCCAUACAUUUCGCAAAUUCAUAGUAAAAAACGUAAACUGCGUAAAAAUAUAUUUUUUCUAAAUUUAUGUUGUAUAAAAAUGAAAACAUAGGUAGCCUAUAUAAGAAAAAAAUUAUCUUUCAAAAUGUAAGCCUCUAUUAUACAAAAAAAAACUUCCCUAACACCUUGUUGAAUAUUUUUUUUGUACCUUAUGUAGGUAAAAUAUUUAUGCAAUCAAAAAAUAGAUCACUUUUGAAAAAUACUUAAUAGUAGGUAUGGUAUUGAAAAAUAUAAAAAGGCAGUGAAGAGCACAUUAUCUAGCCAUAUAUUAACUGCACAUUCCCUCAGUCCUUUUAAGCCCUAAAUAAAUACAGUAAUUAUAAAGCCACGUCUUGCUAAUGUUUUGCUAAAAAUACUACGUUAUUCUGUGUAAAAAAACAUUUGAUUACAGAAUGAUUUUCCUCUUAUUAAUAUACAACUAUAAAAAAUUUUGCGUGAAAAAAUAUUAACAUUAUUUAAGAAAUGCAACACGGUAACUAUUCCAAGUAAUUAGCUAAAUUAUGAGUGUUAAAACUUAAGUAUCAAAAAAGGUUGAAUGUUGACUGUGUAAUAUUUUUGUGUGACUAAAAAGUGUUGCAAGAAGGUACCUGGCAGCAGAGGUUAUUUUCAAAAAGUGAGAUCAGUUUUUAAUCAAAAUUUAAUGUUAUUGAUUUCUUUUUGAUGAAAUCUUAUUCAUUCACACUUUAAAUAAUGGACCAGCCGAAUGCUGGAACAAAAUUUGUGCUAAAAAUAAUUUCAACCACAAUUAUAUCGAAAAUUUGCUUAUCAAUUAUGGAAAAAAAUUUCAGUGCGUGUGACUUGUUUAUGGCAAGAAAUUAAAUGUUGUCUGUAUAUUUAUUCGGUAGGUUUUGAAGAAGCUUAUCUAGUGUAUUAUAAACUUUUAUUUCUUGCGUUAAGAGUCAUGUUUAAAUUUAAAAAAGUUGGUCUCUCUUUGAUCAGGCAUAUUUUGUCACGGUUGUUAAUCUUGCUGGGAACCUGAUUUCCUUUUUUUUUUAUAAAUAGCCGAAGUACCCUGGACACAACGCAAACGCAGUGCCAAGAACAAGCGUAAAGAUUAUUCUUAAAAUUUCUACUGUAUGUUGUAAGUUAACAGAAGACGAACAAAAAUGUUUUGAAGUGGCCGUCUUUGCUAAAACGUGUAUAAAAAUAAUUUAAGGACAUUUUCGGGCACGUCAAAACUUUUUCCGUCUUGUAUUUAAAGUCAUUCAAUGUCGUGUUUGUAUAAAAAGUAUUUUUCUUUUCGGAAAAGAAAUAAUUCUAUAUAUUAUAAAUACUGUGUGUAUUGUCGGACUUUAGCCUGUGUAACUUAAUGAUUACGUAUACAUAUAUAAAUACAAAAAUGUAUGUAGAUGCUGAAAGAUAAAGAAAACUCGUUAAGCAGUUUGUCGAAAAAUUGUCAGUGGUAAAGUAAACUUAUGAAGCAAAGAUGAAAGCAGCACAGACUAGUGAAUGGAGUAUGGAUUGUAAAAGUGGAACAUAAACAUAAACAUAAAUAAUUGUAUUUUUUUUUUCCAUAGUUUGAGUCAACUGUAUGUGUGUGUGGUUAUUUUGUAGUACAUGUUAAAGAGAACUUUUCUAGCGUAAAGAACGAAUUUAUCAUUGCUGUAUGUUAUGUGGUAGAUGUUGAAAACUACUUAACUUGGGUCGCUGACAUGUUGGCGAAAGUACAAUGCGUGCGAAAGAACCCAUCCCCACAGUUCCUGAACCAUGUGUGUACUAUAUAUAGCAUUGUCGCACAUCUCUUUCGCAAAAAAAAAGUUGCAACAUUUUUUUACACAGAUAUUAUAUAGUACUUAUAGGGAAAAAAAUACACUCCGAUAUACGUAAAUUAUCUUCUAAAGAAAUGUAACAACCAGGACGUAAUGUAAAGUUGAUUAAUGGUAUGUACAGAAUGUGCUACAUUACAUUUAAAUAAACAAAAAACAUCGCUUAUCAAUUCAACUGUCUAAGACUGAACAUUGUAAAAGAAGACCUGUUAACGAUUAAGAAGGAAGAAUUGAUCUCUAUAUAUGUAAUGGUCUUGUGUUUUUCCUUUGCAUAAUAGUGAUAAGCUGUAGGUAAGUAAUUAACAGUUCACUCAUUUUCUGUUGUGACUACAGCAUAAACUAAUAUUUUAUAAAAACUUCCUCCGUUAAUAUUCUCGCAUAAUAACAUUCAUUUAACAGUUUUUGCACCUAUAGGUCUUCUAAAACUACGUUAGGUCUAAUGUUUUCUGUGUGUAAUUUAUGUAAUCUUUAAUAUAACACAUGCGGAUAUUAAAAUAAAGGCCUAUAUACACCCCAGAUUUUUUUUAAUGAAGUUUUGUAUUUUCAGUCUACCAAUUAUGUACGCCCUUAAUAUUUUUAACGAUAAUACCGCUGGGAUAUAUUAACAUUCUCAUAAACAUUUUUUUAAUACAUACUGUUGAUAUAAUAAGAAACAUAUUGCGUGUGACUAUUUUUUUUAAAAAAAAAAGCUAAUCAUUGAACUUAAAAACUCAGAUUUUCGUCAGUAAAUAUGUCAAGUAGGUUUUGAAUGAAGUAUUUUUCACAAUUAGCUUACUUCAAUCGUUUAUCUUGACCAUAUUGAGAUCAGUCAGCGGUUUCUAGUAUUCUUUCAUGUUGCCAGUCUUACACAGAAAGAAUAUAAGCAAAAGCAUGUCUUUCAAACGAAAUUGUGACACAAAGUAUACGAAACGAAUCCAACCAUUUAUAUUUAUUCAAGCGACUAACCUAUAUUUUUCAAUCUUGCAAAAAAAUUUUCUUAGUCAUAACGAAGUAAUUUUUUUAAAAAGAUAAUGGUUAUUUACAUGUUUUUUGAGAAAAAAAAAUUGUAAAUGGCUUGCAGGCCUUUGUCCUUUGUCGAAUGAAAUGAGAUUAUUUUUUUUAGAGUAUUUAAUACCGUUCCUUUGAUGUAUUUAUUAUAGUGGCUCAUUGAAUAAAAGUUGGUAGACUUGUAAAUAAUUAUCAACAAAUAGGCUUUAAACAGUACUAAAUAGGCAUUGAUAUACCUCACGUCCUUUCACACAAGCAAAUAUUUUAUUUUUGCUGUCAUAAAUUAAAUUUACAUUAAAUUUUUUAGUUUUAUUCCUAUCGGAAUUUUUUUUUUCAUUAUCCCUUGAUUGUUAGCUGUACCUUAUUAAAUAUAGAAUUAAUACUCGUAAUAUAGUAGAUGUCCCGAGUCCAGAACCAUUAUAAUAUGAUAUAUAAUAUAGUGUAUUGUGCAAACUGUCCAAAUAAAUUGUGUUUGAAAAACAACAAAACUUGAAAAUAAUAAA